AAGAUGCAGUGGACGCCGGAGCAUGCCCAGUGGCCAGAACAGCACUUUGACAUCACUUCAACCACUCGGUCUCCUGCCCACAAAGUUGAAGCCUACAGAGGUCACUUGCAGCGCACCUACCAGUACGCCUGGGCGAAUGAUGACAUAUCUGCUCUGACUGCAUCCAAUUUACUGAAAAAGUAUGCAGAGAAGUAUUCUGGCAUUUUGGAAGGCCCAGUGGAUCGGCCUGUACUCAGCAACUACUCGGAUGCACCAUCAGGACUAGUGAAUGGUCGAAAAAAUGAAAGUGAACCCUGGCAGCCUUCCUUGAAUUCAGAUGCUGUGUAUCCUAUGAACUGUGUUCCAGACGUCAUCACUGCCAGCAAAGCUGGAGUCAGUUCAGCGCUCCCGCCAGCAGAUGUCUCUGCAAGUCUAGGGAGCUCCCCUGGGGUGGCCAGCAACCUGACAGAACCUAGUUACUCGAGUAGUACCUGUGGAAGCCACACUGUUCCUAGUCUCCACGCAGGGCUCCCGUCUCAGGAAUAUGCCCCAGGAUACAAUGGCUCCUAUUUGCAUUCUACUUACAGUAGCCAGCCAGCACCUGCACUUCCUUCACCUCAUCCGUCUCCUUUGCAUAGCUCUGGGCUCCUUCAGCCGCCACCACCACCUCCUCCGCCUCCAGCCUUGGUCCCAGGCUACAAUGGGACUUCUAACCUCUCCAGUUACAGCUAUCCUUCUGCUAGCUAUCCUCCUCAGACUGCUGUGGGGUCUGGGUACAGCCCUGGCGGGGCACCCCCUCCUCCUUCAGCAUACCUGCCUUCAGGAAUCCCUGCUCCUACCCCGCUGCCUCCCACCACUGUUCCUGGCUACACCUACCAGGGCCAUGGUUUGACACCUAUCGCACCAUCGGCUCUGACAAACAGUUCCGCUAGUUCUCUCAAAAGGAAAGCCUUCUAUAUGGCAGGGCAAGGAGAUAUGGACUCCAGUUAUGGAAAUUACAGCUAUGGCCAACAGAGAUCUACACAGAGUCCUAUGUACAGAAUGCCCGACAACAGCAUUUCAAACACAAACCGGGGGAAUGGCUUUGACAGAAGUGCUGAAACAUCAUCCUUAGCAUUUAAGCCAACGAAGCAGCUAAUGUCCUCUGAACAGCAAAGGAAAUUCAGCAGCCAGUCCAGUAGGGCUCUGACCCCCCCGUCCUACAGCACCGCUAAAAAUUCGCUGGGCUCAAGAUCCAGUGAAUCGUUUGGGAAGUACACGUCGCCAGUAAUGGGUGAGCACGGGGACGAGCACAGGCAACUCCUCUCCCACCCAAUGCAAGGCCCCGGGCUCCGUGCAGCUACCUCAUCCAAUCACUCUGUGGACGAGCAACUGAAGAAUACGGACACACACCUCAUCGACCUGGUAACCAAUGAGAUUAUCACCCAAGGACCUCCAGUGGACUGGAGCGACAUUGCUGGUCUCGACCUGAUAAAAGCCGUCAUUAAAGAGGAGGUUUUGUGGCCAGUGUUGAGGUCAGACGCAUUCAGUGGACUGACAGCCUUACCUCGAAGCAUCCUCUUAUUUGGACCUCGGGGGACAGGCAAAACAUUAUUGGGCAGAUGCAUAGCUAGUCAGUUGGGGGCCACCUUUUUCAAAAUUGCUGGUUCUGGACUAGUCGCCAAGUGGUUAGGAGAAGCCGAGAAAAUCAUCCACGCCUCGUUUCUCGUAGCCAGGUGUCGCCAGCCCUCGGUGAUUUUCGUCAGUGACAUUGACAUGCUUCUCUCCUCUCAAGUGAGUGAGGAGCACAGUCCAGUCAGUCGGAUGAGAACCGAGUUUCUGAUGCAACUGGACAGUGUACUCACUUCGGCUGAGGACCAAAUCGUCGUCAUUUGUGCCACCAGUAAACCAGAAGAAAUAGACGAAUCUCUUCGGAGGUACUUCAUGAAACGACUUUUCAUCCCACUUCCUGACAGCACAGCGAGGCACCAGAUAAUAGUACAGCUGCUCUCACAGCACAAUUACUGUCUCAAUGACAAGGAGUUUGCACUGCUCGUCCAGCGCACAGAAGGCUUUUCUGGACUAGACGUGGCUCAUUUGUGUCAGGAAGCAGCGGUGGGCCCCCUCCACGCCAUGCCAGCCACAGACCUUUCAGCCAUUAUGCCCAGCCAGCUGAGGCCAGUUACAUAUCAAGACUUUGAGAACGCUUUCUGCAAGAUUCAGCCUAGCAUAUCUCAAAAAGAGCUCGAUAUGUAUGUUGAAUGGAACAAAAUGUUUGGUUGCAGUCAGUGAUAAGUUCUUUUAAAAAAAAUGUAAUGAAUGUUGGCACACACACAUAAAACCUGCUAUAUAGGGUCUAGAGCCCCUUUCCAGUAGUGUUUAAAUUGCAAUGGGUACUGGGGAAGACAACAAUUAAGUUGCAUCUUUCGCGUCAGGGUAGUGUUUGGAGGAAAAGUGCAUCAAAUGAGAGCUGAUUUUAAAAGCCCCAGAUGACAAAAAAAAAGAAAGCAUAUGUUGAUGCUCAGUAAGUUCAAGCUAGACAACGCUCGCCAAGGAGCAAGGUGCAAGUGUGUUGAUUUCAGAAGGACAUGAACCUCGUGUGUUGAUUCCAUUCUGCUGUUCUCGAGAUUUAGUUGCUGUCAAGUGCCUGGAGUGGUGCUUUAUUUUUUGUUUGCCUCACAAUUACAUUGGUGGCAUGUGCUAAUAUAAAGAGCUUUAACUUCAAACAUUAUUGGACAAAAGAGAUGAACAGUUUGUGUUACGACAGAAAAACCAGAUUUUUGCCAUUUUAAGAGCAACAGUAUUCCUCAAUCCUGUCUGUUCUGUGGUAUUAAGCUGAGAACAGGUAAAACAGGGUAACGGUAAUCUGGACCUUAAUUUCUGCAGUUCAUUUCUUUUAAUGUUCUUGUCUGCAAAAACUCAGGAAAGCGAUUGUGAUUUGUACAGUACCUCAAAGGAAUGUGUUGAAAGCACUAUGUACUGCUGAGAGUAAUAGGAUAGGUGUCAUUGUUACUUUAUAUUGAAAUGUAUGUUUACCUCAACAAUUGGAAAAUAGCAAGGAAAAUUACCCUGAAUGUAUCCAGAAAAAUACUGACAUGUGAUACAACUGAAUAUUUGCAAUCUAAAGUAAAAAUGGAAGGAUUUUUUAUAAAAGAAAAAGGUUCUUUACUAAUUAUGGGGAAUUAACCAGAGCAGAAUAAUUCUUUAUGUCAAUAACUGCAACAGAUCUGACUACACUGCUCCUUGAUAAUUAAGUGAAAAUGUUCUUAAAAGGUACACUGGUUAUAAUGGAAAGCUACUUAACUCAGUUUGUGUUAGUGUGUAGAACAGUCAGCCUGUUUAGGACCCUGGAAGUCACAGUACCUGAAAACUCCCCAACUGUCUUUUACUGGAGUGUGGUGGUGGUGGUGGUGGUAGUUUGCAAGUUAUCACUUAAAACUGCUGGGAAUGGUGUCAUUCUAGUCCACUAAUCUAGUUCAUAGGCUUGCCAUACUGCUUAUUAGAAUGCAGAGUAUCUCAACCAAACACACAAAUAACGACAAAAACCAUAGGCAUCAUUGUUACUUUCAUAUUGAAGUGUUUGAAGAUAUGUGUAGGUAUGUAUCUUCUCUCCAUCUCCUUCCUUUCUUUUUUCACUCCUCUCUUGUCAGUGCAAUUUUGCUUCUCAUUUUGAAAUCCCCUGGGCAGUAGUGCUCCCACAUUCAUUUCUACCUCAGUUUUGUUACAUUUCUAUUGGAGAGUCAAGUAGAAAAUUAGAAGUGUGCACACACACACACAGACACACACACACACACACUCUCUCUCUCUAGCUUGCCAAACAUGUUACUGUUUCUUCUAUAUCUUCCCAUAAAUACUGUUUUCAAUAUCAUCAAUCCCUAUGCCUGAUUCUGGCUCAGUCCACUCCCUCCCAAUGACAUAUGUGGCAUUUUGCUUAAUUCCCCACUCCUCUUGCUCCCUAUGAAGUUGUUCUUUGUAUCCUUUAAUGCUUUCUGUGUAACUUUUCAUGGGUAGCUGACUGAUGUUCAGCCUUGUCUCUGAACAGUCACAGUGUAGGCUGUAGCUUUCCAAAGCCGCUGCCCCUCCGUAAGCAGAACAGCCUCACAUUUUGAAUGUAUUUUUUUUUUUUGGUUUCUCCCCUUUCUUCUUUUUUAAAAUUUUUACAUUUAAAGAUGCAGUAAGAAAACUAUUGCAAAGCACUGGCAUUUUAUGUAUUCAAUAAAUGAUGUAUAUUUUUUUAAAAUGAAAUAAAUACAAUGAGAUGCCCCA